GCGUCGCGGGCAGGAAAACGCGGGCCCCGGGGUCCCAGCGCCCCGUCCUCUUCCACUGCGCUCCCGCGGCGCGUGUGGGGCGGAGGUGAACAUGGAGCCGCAGCGGCCUCCUCUGUUGGAAGUGAAGGGGAACAUAGAGCUGAAGACACCUCUGAUCAAGGCCCCUUCACGGCUGCCUCUCCCAGGAAGCCGACUCAAGAGGGGGCCUGACCAGAUGGAGGAUGCCUUGGAGCCUGAGAAGAAGCGGACACGAGGCCUGGGUGCAGCAGCCAAAAUUGCCACAUCCCGCCCCAGAGCACCACCCCCUACCACAGUGCCACAGACACAAGGCCAGACCACAGCUCAAAAAGUUUCUAGGAAGACAGGACCCCGGUGUUCCAUAGCUACUGCCACAGUGUUGAAGAACCAGAAGCCAGUCCCUGCUGUUCCUGUUCAGAAGCCUGUCCAGAAGCCUGGCACAUCAACUGUUCCUCCUAUGGUGGGAGGGAAGAAGCCUGGAAAACGUCCAGCCUGGGACUUAAAGGGCCAGUUAUGUGACCUAACUGCAGAGCUGAAGCGCUAUCGUGAAAGGACUCAAACACUGAACUUGGAGAACCAGCAGCUGCAGGACCAGCUUAGAGAUGCUCAACAACAGGCCAAGACCCUGGGGAUAGAACGCGGGACACUGGAAGAAGAGUUAACCAGGGUACGGGCACAGGCUGAGCAGGGCCAACAUGAGCUGAAGAACCUGAGUGCUCAUGUCCUGGAGCUGGAAGAGCGGCUGGGCACACAGGAGGGCUUGGUGCAGAAGCUCCAGAAAGAACAGUUAGAAUUACAGGAGGAGCGGAGGGGACUGACUUCCCGAUUGGAGAAGCAGGAGAAGAGGCUACAGGCAUCAGAAGCGGCUCUGUUAAGCAGCCAGGCAAAGGUGGAAUCUCUGCAACAGGAGACUGCAGCCCAGGCAUCCUUACUGACUGAGCGGGAAGAACGUCUCCAUGGGCUAGAGAUGGAGCGCCGGCGAUUGCACAACCAGCUGCAGGAACUCAAGGGCAACAUCCGUGUAUUCUGCCGGGUGCGCCCUGUCCUUCCAGGGGAGCCCACCCCACCUCCUGGCCUCCUCCUGUUUCCCCCUGGCCCUGGUGGGCCCUCUGACCCUCCAACCCACCUUAGCCUCUCCCGGUCUGAUGAACGGCGUGGGACCCUGAGUGGGGCGCCGCCCCCCACUACCCGCCAUGACUUUUCCUUUGACCGGGUUUUCCCACCAGGAAGUAAACAGGAUGAAGUGUUUGAGGAGAUUGCCAUGCUCGUCCAGUCAGCCCUGGAUGGUUUCCCAGUAUGCAUCUUUGCUUAUGGCCAGACAGGCAGUGGCAAGACCUUCACAAUGGAGGGUGAACCUGGGGGAGAUCCCCAGUUGGAGGGGCUGAUCCCUCGAGCGAUGAGACACAUCUUCUCCGUCGCCCAGGAGCUGAGUGGCCAGGGCUGGAACUACAGCUUUGUGGCAAGCUAUGUAGAGAUAUACAAUGAGACUGUUCGAGAUCUGUUGGCCACUGGGCCCCGCAAGGGCCAAGGGGGCGAUUGUGAAAUUCACCGUGCAGGGCCAGGGAGCAAGGAGCUUACUGUCACCAAUGCUCGAUAUGUCCCUGUCACCUGUGAGAAAGAAGUUGAAGCUUUGCUCCAUCUGGCCCGCCAAAAUCGGGCUGUGGCCCGUACAAUCCACAAUGAGCGGUCAUCACGCAGCCACAGCGUGUUCCAGCUCCAGAUCUCUGGGGAGCACUCCAGCAGAGGCCUACAGUGUGGGGCCCCUCUCAGCCUUGUGGACCUGGCCGGGAGUGAGAGGCUUGAUCCCAGCUUAGCCCUCGGCCCUGGGGAGAGGGAACGCCUUCGAGAAACACAGGCCAUUAACAGCAGCCUGUCCACGCUGGGGCUGGUUAUUAUGGCUCUGAGCAACAAGGAGUCCCAUGUUCCUUACCGGAACAGCAAACUCACCUACUUACUGCAGAACUCUCUGGGUGGCAGUGCUAAGAUGCUCAUGUUUGUGAACAUUUCCCCACUAGAAGAGAACAUCUCUGAGUCCCUCAACUCUCUACGCUUUGCUUCCAAGGUGAACCAGUGUGUUAUUGGUACUGCUCAGGCUAACAAGAAGUGAAGAUGGGACCCAGAUCCUGUGUGGGUGUGUGUGUGGGUGUAUGUAUUGGGGGUUGUGCUGAAGCAUGCUUUUUUGGGUGGAGGGCCCUAUGUACUCAGGCCUAUCAAAUAAAGAAUAGUUAUUUUUUUUAAAUAAAGGUUUUUGGACCAAAAAAA